AUGACAUCCACAUCUUCCACAGCUACACCUGGGAAGCUUGGCUUCGAUGGUCGGGUGAUUGCUGCUAAACCUCCCAAAAGCGAUAUCAACGCCUUGAUACUCGACUAUUUGACCAUGGAGGGAUAUCCAAAGGCUGCGGCCCAUUUCUCGAAAGAGGCCAACUUAAAGCCGCAGCAGCAGGACUCGUCCAUCCGGACGAGGCAGCAGAUCCAAAAUUUCAUCCACAUGGGAAAGAUUGAGGAGGCAAUUGUCGCACUCAAUUACCUGAACCCAGAGAUCCUGGACCAAGAUCCUCCACUCCAUUUUGCACUUCUUCGGCUCCAGCUGGUUGAACUCAUUCGCAAUUGUGAUACGAGCGACAUGCAGUCUGUCUUGGCGUUUGCAACAGAUCAACUCGGAACACGCGCAUCCACACGUCCUGAAUUUCUUCGCGACCUGGAGGAGACGAUGUCCUUGUUGUUCUUCGCACCAGACAAGCUACCACAUGAGCUCAAGAAGCUGUUAUCGCCAGACCUUCGGGAAGAAGUGGCUGACAAGGUCAACAAAGCCAUUCUUCGCCACAACAGUUUGCCCAGUGAGGCAGCUAUAAGACAGCUGGUCAAGAUGAGGGCAUGGGCCGAAGAUGUGGCAAGAGUUCGUAAGAAUGACAUUCCCGUCCACAUCGACCUCGGCCUGCAAUCCACCGAUAAUGACAACAUGCCGGAAAACGGGCACGAACCUAUGAUUACUACUUGA